AUGGGCGCAGAAGGCUCGAAGCUCACGGCUGCCGCAAAGGACAAGGUGCAAAAAAAGGUGGAUGAAACGCUGGAUAAGAGAGGGAUAAGACACAGCCCCGCGCCAAAAGAGGACAAGAAAAAGAAGGAAAAGGGGCCUCCUGUACCUCCCAAGGAUGGCUUAGGAGAGCAGCAGAAUGGCGUCAUCAGGAGGAAUUGA